CCAAGCGAUCUCAUCUCAUGUAAGCUACGCUACAAAAAUCUAAUUCUCUCAGCAGUUGAUGAAGUUUUUUUCUAUGGAGUCAAUUCCAAAUCUGAAUGCUUAGUUGUACGAAUAUCAAGAGGGCAUAAUCAAGAGGCUGAAGCCUGGAUUUAUAUUAAAUUAGCCAAUGGGAAGACUUACCAGUUGAAACAAAGUAAUGGUUUCCAAAAAGAUUUUGCAGGAAAAUGCCAAAUUUUUUCUUGCGGUGGUUUACAACUACAUUACUUAUGCCCUAUGAGAAGAUGGAGAAUAUUUUUCUGUGGAAUGCUUAAAGAAAUUUCUGAAAGUAUGGAAUCUCAAGAAAAUAUGGCUUUUGUAAAAUUUGCAUUUAUAUGGACAGCUUCUUCAGAUAUACAUGAUUUUAGCUCUGAUAUGUAUCCAUUCUCCACUGCUAGUGGUAUAGCUAAAGCUGAAUGGAAAUAUCCUUUCAUACCAUCUGUGAAAAAAGUUACUGAAGCUUUAAAUAUCUAUGCACAGUCAGGAGUUAUUAAUGGUACAGUUUCUGUUAAUGAAGGUCCAGACUAUGCAAUGUAUUUAUUUGGUGAAAGAUUAAGAAAUAUUGGCAAGAUGUCUAAUAUUGAUGGCUGCAAAUUUAAACACAUAUUGGGAAACAUACCUCAGAAUGGAUUAUUUCUGCAUUUGGCAGAAGUGUCAGCUCCAUAUGUGUUUAAAAGUUUACCUAUUGGUUUUGUGGUGGAGCCCAGUGCAGAUGUAAAGGCUAUCGAGGAUGGAUUCGUCAUUACAAAACUAUUUGCAGUUGACAAGUCUGCAGAAGAUGUGACAGCAAAUUUCACAGCUGCGAAAAAGUAUAAAUUAACAGGAAAAAUUGUUGGAGAAUCCAUUGUUUUUAAAAGUGGCAAAGGUUGGAGUGGCUUUCUUGAAGUCCAUUUAAUUGAAUUAAGUAUACAGAACUUCAAAGGAAAUGGGUUAAUUAUGUGUGGAGAGAUCAAUGCAAAAUCAAAGAAGAAAGUUCAAAGUUUAGCUCCUGCUUUGCUACCAAGAGAUAUUCCUUUAACAGUCUGUUUUGAGAAUAAAAUAUCUCAAUUUUCUGAAGUUUCUGGUGGUAAAGGAUCAUCUCUUGGGAAACUUACUGAACUUAGUCUUGAUGAUAAAGCUUUUGUAGUUCCAAGAGGAAUAAUUGUUACAACUGCUGCAUACAAAAGACUAUUGACUCCUGAAAUUUUGAAUGAAAUUAAAAAUGUGGAAGAUAUCGCAUAUGGAAAUGUAGAAGGUGAUUUAAAAGAAGCUUGCAGAAUGAUACAAAAUAUAAUUGUGAGAAGAUCUUUACCAAAUGAAAUUUGCCAUAGUAUAGAAGAGAAUCUGAACAUUAUAUUUAAAGGAACUAUUAACCAGUAUAAAUUUGCUGUACGUUCUUCUGCUACAGGUGAAGAUACUGAACAGAUGUCAGCUGCUGGACAAAUGGACACAUUCCUUGGCAUUAUGGGUAUUAAGGAGAUUUUCACUGCAGUAAAAAAAUGUUGGGCUUCUCAGUUUGGUCACAUAGCUGUUGAAUAUAAAAGACAAAAUGGACAGAUUUUAAAUUCUCCAAUGGCUGUUGUUAUACAGGAAAUGGUAGCUUCUGAAGUUUCAGGAGUUCUUUUUACAUGUGAUCCAGUAACAAAUAAUCCAUCUGUCAUCGUUAUGACUGGAAAUUAUGGUUUAGGAGAGACUGUAGUCUCAGGAUCUGAAGAACCAGAUACUGUCAUACUUUACAGAGAUGAUGACAAUAAUUUGAAUGUUAAAUCUGUAAUCAUUGGGGCAAAAAACCAGAAAAUGAUUAUGAAAGAUGAUGGUGGAACAGUUUAUGAGAAAUUGGCUGAAAGUGAGAAGAUGGAAAGUUGUAUAUCAAAUGAACUAGCAGUAGAUCUGGGGAAAUUAGCAAUAAAAAUUGAAAACUAUUACAAAUCACCCAGAGAUAUUGAGUGGGGAGUAGCAAAUGAUACCAUUUAUAUUUUACAAUCUCGACCUGUUACAAGUGGAACAGGAGAAAAUGAUUAUGAAAUUAAGCACGAAUUUGAUGCUCCACUUCGCUGCGAACGUGACUAUUUCACCGUUUGCAAUGUUGGUGAGGUUAUGCCAGGGGCAUUAUCUCCCCUUGGAUUUGAAAACACAUGGAAAUAUUUGGCUCCUAUUUUCCAAAGGAGAGCACUUUCAGGGCUCCAGGAUAAUGACUUCCUUAGAACUAUUUACUUUCCGAGCGGAAUGGUACCUUUUUAUAACCAUUUGACAAUGUCUAUUAUUGAGUUAAUAUCUCGUUUGGAUUACAAAUCAACUAUGUCUCAAGGAAUGAUGGUUGGGGUUUUUGGCAGAAUUCUCACAGAGCCAGAAAUAUUUGAAGUCGCGCAGGAGCGAAGCCGAGAAAAGAAAAGAAAAUCGAUAUUUUUCUUCUGGUAUCUUAUUAAGCAAUUAUUUUUUGCUGAUAGAAGAAUGAAGAACAUCAAGAAACAACUUGAAAAUGUAAAACUAGGAGUAGACAAGUGCAAAACUUCAGUGGAAUGUUUUAAUACUAUAAUGAAUUCUUGUUCUGAGCAUGAAAAUAUCUUCGAUAAUCACCUUGAAUGCACUGAAAGUUCUUCAAGUUGGAAUAUGUUUCUCAUUAUUGUUUUGGCCAAAGCAAAUGGAUCCUUUGAUGACAAUGUGUAUACUGACUUUGCUAGACUUUUAGCAUCUUCAUCGGGUGUUGAAAGUGCAGAUAUUCCUAACGCUAUGCAGAACUUGGCUUGUAAGAUAGAUGAAGAUAUAGGAAGCAAACGGUUUAAGGCUAUGAGUCCUGAGGAAGCUCUAAAUUUGCUUGAAACUUCAACAACACUUGCUGGAUACAAAUUUCGGCAGUUCAUUAAGAGACAUGGCCACAGGUGUCUGAAAGAAUUUGAUCUGCGAUCAACACCUUGGUAUAGAAAUCCGAAGUCUUUGGUUAAGUUGCUGCAGAACCUGUGUGGCACAUGUGAAAUGCCUGUUCAGAAAGUGGAUGAUGAUUAUGAUGCAAUAAUAUCUCAACUUCGAGUGCCUCUGGACUUUAAAUCUAGAUGUCUUCUGAAAUUUUUGGUACCUCGUUGUCGUAGAGGAGUCAGAGGAAGAGAGGCCGCUAAAGCCCUUUUAGUUAAAGCGGUGGAUUUUGUUCGACAAAAAUAUGAGCAUCUUGCUAAAAUGAUGGUUGCUGAAGGUCGAAUUCCUGAUACCGAUUUAUUAUAUUUCUUAACUAUGGAAGAAAUCAAAGAUCUGUUGGAAACAAGGUCCCCGAGACUUAUUGCGAGGGCAAAUCAUCGUAGAAAACUGUUUCCGGAACUUGACAAAUAUUUAUUUCCAGAAAUAAUGCGAGGAUUUCCUAAACCGAUAAAUGAUGAUGAAGAAGAAGUUGAAUUUGUAUCUGAUUUGAUAAUGAAAGGCAUUCCGGUUAGUCAAGGCAUAGCCAAAGGUUAUGCACGUGUUGCUCUUACAUUAGAAGAAGCUUCUUAUCUGAAGCCUGGAGAAAUUCUUAUUACAUACGGCACCGACAUCGGCUGGAGUCCUUAUUUUCCUAUAGUUGCCGGAGUUGCCACAGAGCUAGGAGGUCUCAUAUCACAUGGUGCCGUAGUAAGUCGUGAAUAUGGUCUGCCUUGUGUUGUCGGUCUUCAUGGAGCAACGAGGCAAUUUCAAACAGGUGACUUUGUGCUCAUUGAUGGCACUAAGGGAUUAUUGCAACGAUUACCUCAACCAGAAGCAUAUGAAUAAUCUAGGCUUUAUCAAGAACUUUUAGUAUUUUUAUUUUCACAUAAUUAAUAAAUAAAUUACAGAUAAGAAACUGAAACAAAAUUCAAAUUUUAAUGCACUAUAUAUUAGACAAAUUGAAAUUACUGUACCAUUAUAGCAAGUGAAUUCAUUCCUUUUCACAUAAAUUUAAAUGCUGUCAUCAACAUGCAUAAUGACAAUAUUUAUAUUAAUAUAAAUGACAUAAAAUUAAUUCAGUGCAUAUUUACAAAUUAUUUAUGCCUGGAGCUUCUAGAAAACACCUAAAAAAUUUCAAUUUGCAAUAAAUGAAGUAACAGUUACAUUCCACAUUAGACGCAGCAGAACAUUUAAGAUUUAUAUAUUUAAAUAAAUAUGCAUAAGGAAUCAAAAACACAGAAAUAAAAAUAGUGUAUUUCGUCCUUUCAUAAAAUAUACAAAUGAGUUUCGCACGAUCAAAAUUUUAAUACCUUACAAUAGAAUAAACUGCGACAUAUUUAUAGAAUUAAUUUCCAUACAUUUAGAAUAAAUUUGCAUGUUACAGGAAGUUCUGUUAAUCAGCAUUCAUAAUGCAUGUAGCAUAUUUAUUUUAAUAAAACUGAAAUAAAACUAAUUCUGAAUGUUUAGUUGCAAA